AGAGCUAAGGUUAACUCAGGAUCUACUCUCACUGUUUCGUGUCACUUGUCUCCUGCGAUCAGUGCUGUUGCCAUGGAGAUUGAGUGGUAUAAUGAGUCAUCCUGUGUUUGCACCUAUAAGAACAGACACGUGACAGAAGGGGUUGGCUAUGAGGGCAGAGCGAGUCUGUUCAUUCAAGACCUGAAGAAAGGAAAUGUGUCCUUAAGAUUAAGUGACUUCAAAGAGUCAGAUCUGGGAGUUUAUCUGUGUCGAGUCACCAGUCAGAAUAAAACUGAUCAGAUAACAGUAAAUGUAGGAGAAGAAGUGACAGCAUUUUUCAAGGACCAACAUGUCUUUAUAAUGGAUUACAAGAUGGCAGAAAAACCUAACAAAUUACGAAGCCACUUUACAUAUCACAGUGCUUCAGGCAAGGAUCAACAUGGGGAUUACAAGAUGGGAGAAACAAUCUACAAAUCACUAAGUUGCUCUGCAUAUGACAGUGCUUCAGGAAAGGAUCAACAUGGGGAGUACAUGGGAGAAGCAAGCAACAAUAACUUUCAGCUUGUUAUUCCCAAAACUGAAGAUGCACAGGUUUCUUUGGGGUCUGAAUUGAUUGUUCCUUGUUCCCUGAUUCCUGAAAUCAGUGCUGUUGCCAUGGAGAUCAAAUGGCAUAGCGAGACAGGAUGCGUUUGCGUCUAUAAGGACAGACAGUUGACAGCAGGGAUUGGGUAUAAUGGUAGAGUGAGUCUGUUCACUCAUGAGCUGAAAAGAGGAAAUGUGUCCUUACGACUGAAAAACUUCAGCUGGUCAGAUGUUGGAAAAUACACUUGUCAGGUUAUUUGUGGAGAUGAAACAGAAGAGAUAACAGUAAAAGUGAGGUUAGAUCCUGGUGUCCAACCUGUGAGUCAGUCACCAAUAUUUCAAGGCCAAAACGCUCAAUUAAUGAUAUUUAAGGAUACCAAGAUGAAAGAAACAACCACAAAAUUUUCAAGUCAUGCUCCAUAUCAUGCUGAUUCAGUUAAGAACCAACAUGAGAAUUACAAGAUGAGAGCCUCGAGCAAUGAUCAAUUUCAGCUUGUUGUUACCAAAAUUCAAAAAGCCCAGAUAUCUUUGGGGUCUGAAUUCACAGUUCCAUGUCACCUGACACCUGGAAUCAGUGCUGUUGCUAUGGAGAUCAGGUGGUUUAAGGAGACAGAUUGUGUUUGUCUAUAUAAGAACAGACAGGUGACAGAGGUCACCAGUGGAGACAGAGCAGAAGAGAUAACAAUAGGAGUGAGGAUGCAACCUGAAGUCCAAUCUGUGAGUCAGUCACCAGUACAAGGCCAUAGUGUUCAGUUGAUGCUGUCUGAGAUUGAUAGAAUAUGGACUAAAGAGGAAACAAUGAAAAUGGACCAAUCUGCACUAAUGGCAGUGAUGAAAGUGAACGAUCCAUUGGAGUUGAUUAAUGUAUACACGGAACGUAUGAGUAUACUGGAAAGAACGGAACUGCAGUUAAGGGAAACCAGAAUGGACUUGGACAGAGUCUUAAGACUUAUCCCCCAUGUUCUGUAUAGGAACAGAGAUAACACAAACCCUUUUAAAUAGCUCAAACAUACCUAACAUUGAAGUGUCAGGUGUAAGUGUCAAAUGUACCAGGUACUAACUGACUUUUCUUAAAUUUAUAAGAACUGAUUUUAAUCAAUAUUUCAGUUUUUUUAUAUGUUUCUUUUCAAAGUCCUCCAUUAAAAAUGUUACCUCUGUUUUGGGUUUUAAAGGCUCCAGAUUUAAAACAUAUGCAGUACAUUUUCUUCAUCUUAAAAUAUCUUACAAUUGUACACACUGUGAAACUUCUGCUAGCUGUCUGGAUUUGUAUUUUAUUGUA